CUCAGUUCUCGCGCGAGCUACAAAAGGGAUGAGAUUUCCCUCAGUUGACUACCAAGAUGGCGGCUCCUAAGCGAACCGGUGUCGUUUCUCAGGAAAAGCCGGCUUCCUCGAGGGCUCUUUUGGACCCACAGACCUCUGCUUUUCCCGGAUCCCUGCCGCCCGCCUCCAGCAUCCUUUACAGCGCGGCACAGGAGCUGCGGAAGGCGGUUCAACUGCAGGACAAAUCUGGGAAGGCGGCUAAGGCCUUCACUAGGCUCCUUCCGCCAAAGCAGGUGGAAACUGUCUGUGUCCAAGUACAGCCUGAGAAGAAAAAAGAUGACAAGUCAGUCCCAGGUGCUGCAUUGGCUCAUCCCAAAAGUUUAACAACAGCUCAGCCAGUUGAGAAGAAUUCCAAGAUUUUAGGACUUGGUGUAAAUCCUCAAAUUAUUCAGCUACACCCUACUAUGGGAAUUGACUCACAACAAAUUUUCUUACACAAUUCUUCCAAACCUACAGUUCAGUUACUUUUGCAUAGCCCUUUACACCUCCUUGGACAAAUUUCUGUAAGUAAGUUAACUACACAUGGGCAGAAAAACAAACCAGCUGAAAAAGCUCCCACGGAUUCUCCAAACUCACUUAUAAACCAUAAGAAGAAGCAAAAAGAACACAAAAUUAAAAAGUCCUUGAAGGUGAAGACCCGUUCAGGGAGAGUUUCAUGCCCUCCCAAAUAUAAAGCUAAGGAUUAUAAAUUCAUUAAAACAGAAGAUUUGGCUGACUGUCAUCAGUCUGAUUCUGAUGACUAUUCUGAGCUGAGUCUAGAAGAUGAUGAAGGUGACAAGGGGACAGAAACUUGUACAUUAUUUGAUUCCUUGAAGUAUGACCUCAGGCCAAAAUUGUUUAAAUGUCAAAGUUGUGAGAAAUCCUACAUAGGACAAGGAGGAUUGGCACGGCACUAUAAACUUAAUCCAAACCAUGCACAACAAGAGUCACUUCAAUUUUCCCUUAUAAAUAGACCUCAAAGGAAGAUGUUGCUAGAAAACACUGGAAAAAGAAGCAGUGAACCACCAUCAAGUAAUGCUACGUUUGUAAACAAAAGUGGAAUAGACACAGAAUUGGAAAAAGAUUUUCUCAAAGAGAGCGAGAGACAGGUAAUAAAUAUAUUCUCUGUAAUGUCAGGGUCCUGGGUAGAGCAAAAGUACCAGAAAAAAGCACUCUUUCCAGAUGUAUACCGGGAAUUUGAAGAGCUUCAUUCUAUGGUAAAGAGAAUGUGCCAAGACUAUUUUGGUAAUCCUGAAUUAAACAAGCCAGUGGAAGUAAAAAAUGAGAAGGUGGCUGAAUCACUAGGAAUUACAGACAGCUUUCUUCUAUUGAAGAAGACUCAAGCAGACAAUUCUCCUGAAUAUAUUGAGAUGACUAGUGAUUGUGUGUUUACCAAAACUGUGGAACAGAAAUGUGCAACUGAGUCUUCAGAUGAAAUAUUACCAUUAGCAAAAAAGUGCAGAGUGGAAUAUCUACCGGAGAACAUAAAUAUUGAUUAUUCAAACCAUAGUGGAAUAAAAGAAGGCAGUGCCAUAGAAGGAAACUGUGCAGCAACUGUUCAGUCUGGGAAUGUAUUAUGGGAAGAGGAACAUGAAUUACUUGAAGAAACUGUAAACAAUCAAGAUGGCUUGCAUGUAUAUAAUCAAAGCACAGAAGUGAGGCUUGAGAGCAUGAAACCUUCAGGAAAAUCAGAACUGGAUUGUUCAGGCUGCUUAUCUUCAUGGGGUGAAACACUGCCAACUAACAGUGCAGUAAGUUCAGAAGAAAAGUUCAUGCAAACAAGUUUGAGCAAAGGAAAUGAAGUGACUCUGAGUUCUGGAAAUAUUUAGCAUCUGAUAAAUAGUUGGAAUCCUACUUGGUCAGAGCAUGAAGAAAAUUAUCAGAUUGAAAAGGCUUCUGGUGAAAGGAACCAAGGUCAUCUCCUGACAAAUUCUGAACAUCCUAAAUGGUCUGAUUCUGUAAACAGCCUUAAACACUAUGUAAGCAGAUCAGUUGAAUCUCAGGUAGAGAGAAUUUUUUAUUUAAGCUUUUAAAAACACCUUGGCAAGCCUGUGAAGUUACUGAAUAAACCUGUGGGACAGAAUACUGGAGGCUGAAUAUUGAAGAACUCAGUAACAGGAAAUGAUAACAUUAAAUGACUGAUGGGGGUGGGAGUUGUACCUUGAUGCUGUUUAUGGUUUCAGAUGUCUGAAACAAGCGAAUGCUGCUAGGACUAAGAUUCAAGCAAUUGCUUUGGAAAAUGUGAAAAUGUUUAUUAUCAUGCUUGCAAGGUCAUGAUAAAAGCAAGGAUCCUGGUAGGAAUUAAAAUAUAAAAUCAUUUGUAAAUACAUUCUGCAAUCUACUUAAAAUGUAUAUUUUUUCUUAUUAAAUAUUGUUUGCAGUCCU